AUGAUGCAUGGCAAUAUUAAUCAGGCAGCGGCAUCAAAUCAUCAUCUUCAUCAAACACCACAACAACAACAACGCAUGUACAACAACAAUCAACAAGGCUUGUUGGGCGGUCAACAACAACAACCAUAUGAAGUCAAUCAACAGCAGCAGCAACAAUUGUACAUGCACAUGAUGAAUCAACAACAACCACUUAGUAUGAGCCAUGCACUGAUUUCAUCUCUCACACCUCAACAACAGCAACAAUUGUUAUUAUUCUACGCUUCUCAAUAUGAUCUGCCCUCUCAACAAGUAUUGUUCAAUUUGAUGAAUCAAUCAUCUUCAUCAUCCAAUAAUGUACAUCAUCAUCAUUCAACCACUACAAAUACAAAUAAUAAUAAUAUGAAUAUGAAUAUGAAUAUGAAUAAUAAUAUGAUGAAUUCAUAUGGUUCCUCCUCAACCAAUCAACAACAGCAGCAGAAUAAUACAAUGAAAACAACAACUUCAUCUUCCAAUUCUCCUUCCUCUCCUCCAAAUUCAAAUUCAAAUCAUCAAAAUUAUCUAUUGAAUAAUUUACCAAUUCAAACCAAUAAUAAUAACAAUGCUGCCUCUAUUCAUCAAACACCUACUAUUUUCUUAACUAACAAUAAUUCUGGUUUUAUUCAUAAUAAUAAUAAUAGUAAUAAUAACAAUAAUAUAUUGAGUCAAUUGCAUUAUCAACAACAACAGAAUGUAAACAAUAAUGUAUUCAUGCCAGGAACAUUUACUUUCAAUUCCACACAUCAAACUCCUUUUGGUCAAUCAAUCAAUGGUCAACAAGUAAUGACACAGUCACUCAAUGAGAAUAAUUAUCAACUUCAUCAACAACAACAAGGAGGUUUCUUGUAUCCUUCUUCUCCUAGUAUUGUAGAUGAUCAUGUUGUUAAUGGACCAAAUUUGCAAUUGGAUGUGAAUGAUUUUCAUGAAUUUAUCUCAACAACACCAUCAACACCACGUAUUGAAGGUAUUUUGAGUAUUAGUGAAGAUUUUGAAACUGGCACAUUGACAGAACAUGGAAUUGACAUGUCUAUGGCAACAAGUGAAGAUACAGUUCAAACAAUUAUUGAACAAACACUUAUUGGAAAGGGAAAGAGAAAGUAUGAUGCCAUUUCUGAAAGCUCAGAUCCAAUUAUUUCAAGUCCUCAUUCAAAUUCUUCUCCACUCAUUUCAGUUCCUUCAGGAUUAUCAAUUUUAACAAAAUUACCAACCAAUCAACAACGUUCCAUUUUCAAAUAUGUUAAAGAUUCAUUGAAAGAUGAUGGUCUUGAAGAUAUUUUCAAUACAGCUGACAGUACAAGUGGGGGAAGUAGUGAAGGAUUUACUGGAUCUAGUUUUUUCAAUUCUGAAGAGUCGCCAAGUGAUUUCACACUAUUCAAUGCACUCAAUGUGAAGGAAGCAGGUGGAAUUGGAAUUGGUGGAGGAGAUGAAUCUUCCUUAAUUUCACUAUCAACACAUGACAUGCCACAAAAGAAGAGACUCGUUUCUAGCCCACUCGAUGGUUUACCAUUGAGUUCUUCACCAUCUCCCUAUCAACAGAGUUUCAGAGCCAUGCUUCAAGGAAAUGCCUCACCUCCAUCGACCCUAAUUUCAAUUGAAACAAAUCCUAUAACAAACACUCCAACAAAUUAUCAUCGUAGAGAUAGUGGAGCUACCCAGAAACCAUACGUUAAUUCUCCAGGUACAGCAAAGAGGCAACCAGGAAUGCACAGAAGAAAGGAACAAGGAUUCUUCCAAGGUUUAACAGCUCCUCCAAAUAGUCCAUUGCCUUCGAGGUCUGGAUCUCAAAAUAAUUCAUUACCUAACUCGUUACCUAAUUCAUUACCAAACUCAUUGCCUAAUUCUCGACCUGGCUCUCCGACAAAAGAAAUGCACAAUCACUCAACUGAAAAUAUGAAUGAGUUUAUGACUCAAUUACAACGAAGCUUGAUGAAUCAGACAAAUAUUUCCAAUCCAUUUUCAGUAUCAACAGGUCAGAAUGUUGGUCAACAACAAACAAUGAAUCAGUCAAUGGGUUAUUCACAAAUGGUUUUAUCAUCAAGCCCUCAAGGACAAAUGACAUUUGAUGAUAAGCGAGCAAAUGAAAGAAAACACUUUUUACCUUCAAAUGCCACAGAUGUGUUGAGAGAUUGGUUUUUGGAUCACAUAGAACAUCCAUAUCCAAGUUCUAAAGAAAAACAAGAUUUAUCUGAACAAACAGGUCUUACCUAUGUUCAAGUUGCCAACUGGUUCACAAAUACAAGAAAAAGAAAUUGGCAGCAAAUGAAAAAGGAAGCUGAAAAAAGGAAAAAUGGAGAAUCUUCUGGAAUAGUACCUGAGGAGUCUUCUGAAUUGAAUAAUCAAGAUUUUGAUUUAAUUUUGAAAGAAGAAAUAAACUAA